AAAGCAGAUACCGGACCUAAAGUGACGUAUGUUCCCCCUCCGCCACCUGAUGGUGAAGACGAUAUCUUCAAGCAUUACCAAACUGGUAUUAACUUUGAUAAAUAUGAUGAAAUCCUGGUUGAUGUUUCUGGAGUCAAUGCGCCGCCUGCAAUACUGUCGUUUGAAGAUGCUGAUCUCAGUGAAACUUUAACCAGGAAUGUUUAUAAGGCGGGUUAUGUGAAGCUGACGCCGAUACAGAAGCACAGUAUUCCUAUUGUAAUGGCAGGUCGUGACUUAAUGGCUUGUGCCCAGACAGGAUCUGGAAAAACUGCUGCUUUUCUGUUGCCCAUCUUGGCUCAUAUGAUGAAAAGUGGGGUUGCAGCGAGUCAGUUUAAAGAUAUUCAGGAACCAGAAGCCAUUAUUGUUGCUCCUACCAGAGAGCUGAUCAAUCAGAUUUACCUAGAUGCUCGGAAAUUUGCAUACGGAACUGUCGUUCGUCCAGUUGUAAUAUAUGGAGGAACACAAACAUCUCAUUCACUGCGGCAGAUAUUUCAAGGCUGCAAUAUCCUUUGUGCGACACCUGGGAGGUUACUGGACAUUAUUAACAAGGAGAAGAUUGGGUUGAGCCAAGUGAAAUACCUUGUUCUGGAUGAAGCUGAUCGUAUGCUGGACAUGGGUUUUAUGGAAGAUGUAAGAAAAUUGUUGUCAAGUCAAGGAAUGCCAAAAAAAGAAGAAAGGCAAACCUUAAUGUUCAGUGCCACGUUCCCUACGCCCAUACAAAAUCUUGCUAGAGAGAUUUUGAAGCCAGAUUAUCUGUUCGUGGUUGUCGGACAAGUUGGUGGCGCGUGCAGUGAUGUCGAACAGCAGAUAAUUGAAGUGGAAGAGUUUGGAAAGAGGGCUAAACUGCUGGAACUUUUGCAACUCAUAGGCCAUGAGCGCACAAUGGUUUUUGUGAAAACCAAAAAGAUGGCGGAUUUCAUUGCAACUUUUCUUUGUCAAGAAAAUAUCCCCUGCACAAGCAUUCACGGGGACAGAGAGCAAAGGGAGCGGGAGAAAGCUCUGGGCGACUUCCGCUCUGGACAGUGUCCUGUGAUUGUUGCCACGUCUGUUGCUGCCAGAGGAUUAGAUAUAGAGAACGUCCUUCAUGUGAUAAAUUUUGACAUCCCCGGCGAUGUUGACGAAUAUGUUCACAGGAUCGGCCGAACCGGACGCUGCGGCAACACUGGAAAAGCCAUUUCUUUUUUUAAUAAGAUUGGUGAUGACGAGCAAAAAAUUGUCCGUGGACUAGUGAAAGUUUUAACCGAUGCUCACCAGGAGGUACCUGCUUGGCUUGAAGAGAUGGCGUUCAGUGCCCAUGGCAUGCCAUCCUUUAGUUCACAGCCAAGCAAAUUUGCUUCAGUGGAUAGCAGGAAGAGAGGCGACUUCCAGGAGGACAACGGUUACAGCAAUCCUGGCAUUUCACAACCUGCAGCGCGGGCGGCAGCGGAGGAGGAGGAAGAUUGGGGCUAGUCAGAUGUGGUUAAGCAGAUUGGAUGUCCUUACAUAUUCAGUUUUUCCUGAAACAA